AUGCUCGACGACCGCCCACAGCUGUGGUCCAGCGGGCUUCAUCUUGGCAAUCGACCGCCGCUUCAAACAAACGCAAAGCGCUCUUGUCUUGGCCACACGAGUCGAAGGCGCAUGUCCACUGCCUCGGAAUCCGUGGCGAUGAUUGGUGUCGUACAUUCUCUUGACCCCCCAAUGCAAACUGUGCUGCGAGCCGCGCUCUGUGUGCUAGCAGCCCUGGUGCUGUGGGUGGAUGCGGCCAUCAACAUCGUCAUCCAUCCUCUGACGGCGCGCAGCGCAGCAAUCAGUGUCGCACUCGCCAGCCUGGGCACGGUCGUCGUGGCUGCUGAGCCAGCACUCCGCUCGCCACGCCGAGCGCACUCAACCUCAUCCUGGCACUCCAUGCUGGUCAAAUCAGCCUUCUUGUCGCUUGCUGCAGUCGUGAUGCUCGACGGUCUCAAGGGUCUGCCGUGCCCCAGUCCGCGCGCGGUACGCGACAAGACCAGUCGCACACUACCUACUGCCGGUCAGAGUGAGCUUGACGCCCUCAAAACCAACGGCACAUCAGUCUACCUCGUGCGCUCGCUGGCGCCUCAGUGCGUCCAGUUCCUGGGUCCCGACUUGCAAGGCGUGCCCAGCAUGGCCUGGGUGAAUGUGGCGCCGCGCCGUACGAGUCGGGUGCUCAUGCUCGCCGGCGUCGCGACCACGCUCACCGCAUCGCUUCUCUUUUGCCUCCUCGGUGUCGUGCAACGGGCGCGAGGCGGUGCAGCUGUAGCAGGCAAGGACACUCGCGAUGACGAAGAAACGGCAUCAAGUCCGCCGCGAGCACUCGAGGCUCAGCCGGAUCGACCCGUGGACCUGCUUGGCGAACUGCUGGCUGCGGACAAGCACAACGCGCCGAGCAGCUUUGGGUUGAUACCCAACGGACGAACCUGCACAUCGCGACUCAGCGCGCCUGGUUCACGAUGCGACGAUGCCGCCUCCCACAUAAGCGGCGGUGGCUCGAGCGCCAUCCCCUCGGUGCGUGGCGAAGGUAGCGCCUGCACGCCCGCGCUGCGUCGCAUCCCCUCACAUCCAGACUCGCCUUCGUGCGCGCUCUUUGGUCGAUCCCCCACACUUCCGGUCCCGCCGCCGCCGGCGCACUCGGCCUCGAACUCGCCCGUACUCGAGAGGAGAGACUCGCCCGGUCUUCACUAUGCACACGUGUACGGUGGCACGGUCGACUUUGCGUCGGGAUGCAUCAUGCACCAGCCCAUCUUCUCGCAGAGAAAGAGGAGAGGCUCGUCGCAGCAAGACGCCUCGUUUGCAACGCUGCUGCCACCCGACUUUUCGCGGCCCUCGUUCCACAGCCUGCCGGCUCUGUCGCCACGGAGAAAGGUGAAGAGCGUGCCCAACGUCACGGGCAAGAUGAACAGGCGGUCGGAUGCCAAGGCGCACAUUGCAUCGGCGAAAGCGACCGAGAUAGCGACGAGCAGCAAGUACGAUCCGCCCGCUGCGCUAUCGCCUCCUGCUGACGAAGACUCUGCCUCGCAACUGGCUCAGGUGGGCCAUCGCGAGCCGAAGGGCAAAGGCGUCAAGCCGACCAAGCACGAUGUGGCGAAGCAUCAUCUGCGGCCUGCACAGCGGGAGCCAGCUCGGCUCAACACGGCCGACUCGAUGCGGUUCAUCGGAUCUGCAACUAUGGCGGGGCGUGCACCGACGUCGCGGCCGGGAACGGGCGCAUCGGCGAGAUCCACCGGCUCACUGCGUCUGACGCGGCAGAGUCUGUUUGCGGCGCUCGAUGCGCGAUUGGGCACGCGCUCGAGCGUGGUGAGCCACGAUGCAUCGUGCGGCGUAGCAUCAGCGUGCUCGUACGACUCGCAGGGCGGAUGCAGUGCAGGCACCUUUGGCGAUGGUGCCACCGACUCGCCCGCGCCCUCGCCCAAGCUGCGCUUUCCACGCAUGCCCUCGCCCCGUACCACGGCAAGUCAGCACGACGAAAGGAUGGACGAGGUAGCACAGCUCGAGCUGCAUCCUCCGACGGUCGACACCAAAGCCACUGGUGGAGCCACCGCCGCUGCGCCCGCGGACGGCAAGUCGCAGACAGCCGCCACAAAGCCUGUGCGCACGGGACCGGUUCCAAUGUCGAUGCCAUCGAUCCUGCGCAACCCUGGCAGCUCUCAGUCCAACCAUCUGUCGUAUCUCCUCGAUCGACGCAGUGGAUCGUCGUCGUACCCGCCGUCGUCGUCGCGCACCAAACCGCGCUCGGGAGCCAAGGAGCAGCUGGGCCGACGCAAACAGCGCCGCUCGGAAAACGCGCGCUUGCUGUCCAACCCGCACGCGGUGCGACCGACGAUCAAAGACUACAGGCUGCACUCGAACGAGAUCCGAUCCACCUUCCACGGCACGCCGGGCGCUUCAAAGGGCAGUGUGCCCGUUCCGGCCAACAGCGGAGUGCGAUACUCGGAGCCCGUGCACGAUGCGGCGUCGGCGAUGCAGGGACACUUUGGCAAGAGUCUGCGCGAUGCCCAGCGUGUGCUCAAGCGGCUUGAGGUCGGCAAUAUCUCGGACGAGAUGAUCCGUACGCAGCGAGCGGGGGAACUUGAGCGGUUCAUCUGGUUGGUGGAUCGCGAGAUCCGCAUGUGGGCCCAGGAGGAGAUCCACAUCCUCACACCCGGGGAUCGCAAGCAAGGUCGCAUCCUACUGGAUGCCGAGUUCAACUUCACGACACCGAUGGGAGCGAGGGAGGACGUUCCGACGGUGGCGUUGGACGAGGUGCAGAGACAGGGGCAGCUGGUCGAGUUUCAACGCACCCCGAAUGCGUUAGUGUGGCUGGUGCACGAUCCGUUCCUCCGGCUGGUGGUGCACUGCCUUGCGCGGGUAUCGCGCUGCCCGUCGUUUUCGAAAGACGACCCGAGCCGACCGGGGCUGCGGUUCACCUGGAUUCUCAACAAGAACCCGCACGCGCGCCGACCGCGUCGAGGCCGCAGAGUGUCGGUCUCCAGCUCAGCUGUCUCUGCUGAAGUCAGACCAGUCGCGGUGGGUGCGAUGGGCGUGUUGGAUACCCCACCGACGACCGACUUUGACUCGCAGACAGAGACGGAGAGCGAGCUGGAGAGCGAUCUCGACAGUCUGGCCGAGUCGGUGCAGCUGGUCGAGCUGGGUGGAGAGGGAGAGGCGGUGGAUACUGACGAGGACGAAGCCGAGAUUCUGCGCAGAGUGCAUCGUUGGGCCAUCGAUAGCCAUCGUCAACGCCACGCCGAUUCACAACCCGACGCAGCCGCGAAACGAUCCAAGCGCGCAUCGAGGAUAGAUCAGGAUCCGGACCAGACACUCACUACAGCGAUUGCCGAAGACGACGAAGAGGACGACGCCGAAGAUGACGAGGACUCGGAUGCGCAUUCGGCCUAG